GCCAUGAGAUUGAACACCAGAGAAUUGGCGUUACCUCCGGUCAGAUGUGGUCAACAGCUUGGUGCUAGCAAUCCUCUCGUUAUCACUGCGUUAGUUGUUACUCCUUGACGGGGCAUCAUCCUCCAGACCUGUCCUGCAUCACCUGGCCCUUUGAGCCAAGCACACGCGCCUCAGCUCCUCCUCAGCGGGUCCUCGCUCGACUUGAUAAUGAGGUCGCCGCAUUAUUAUUUCAAGGUUAUUUCCUUUUCUUUAAGGCCUUUAUAUUCAGAUCCUAUGGGAGUUCUUAUUUUCACGGCGUUGCUUUGGACCUUCAGUGGAGUGGGAUGCCUUCCUCUAUCCUCCUCUCUACAGGUUGGAAAGGUCGCUGACUGUAUUCAGGACUCUCUGAAGAGUAACGGCGGUGUGCCACAUUCUGGCUGUGACAAACGGAAAACAGGUGAUGCUGUCAACAGGCACCAGGGUCUCCUGAGAGAGCUGCAGGAGCUAGCCCAGGAGGGUCAGUCUGACUACGAGAGGGAAAAAGAGAGAGAGUAUGGGAGGGAGAACGAGCGAUAUGAGGAGAACCAGGCUGAGGGASAGAGGGACAGAGAGGGGAGGAAGGAGGAGCAGAAUAAUGACAAGAAGGAGACUGAGAAAGAAGAACUGAGMGAGAAAGAGACGAAGGCAAAAGGGGUAGAGGAGGAGGAGAAGGUGGAGAUGAAGGACAGAACAAAUGAGGAGAUAAGAGAAGAGCCCAGACUGGAGGACAAAAGGGGGGAUGAGGAAGAGAGCGCCAAAGAGCUGGAGGAGCUCCUCGCAAAGGAGAUAAGGAAGAUAGGAGAGGAGGAAAAAGAGGACAGGGAGCUUGAGGAGCUGCUCAAGGAGCUGAAGAAGAAAAGGUACGAGUCGGUGAAGGAGAAAGAGCUCCAGAGAGGGUCAGAAGCAGAGGAGAAGAGGAAGAAGGAUGAGGAGGAGGAGGAGCAGAAAAAGGGAGAGAAAGAGCAGCUAGAUAUUCUUGAGAAGGAAGAGAGGAAACACAGCGAGGAGAGGAAGAACAACGAGGUGGAGCUGCUGGUGGAGAAAGGGAAGGUGGAGCGGGAGCUCAAGGAGCUGCUGGAGGAACAGGACAGCAUGAAGAAUGUGGAGAAGGAGAAAGAGAGGGAGGAAAAACAGGAGGAACUAGCGGAGCUCCUCAAAAAGAUGAAACGUGUGCAAGAGGAGGAGGAGCGAGAAGAGGAGGAGAGGAAGAGAGGGAAUGCCGGGGAUGAGGCGAAAGUGGACAAAGAGAGCCAGAAGGAGGGAGAGAUUCACAAGGAAUUGGAGAAGGUAAAAGAAAGAGAGAGUGAGAAGGAGGUUAAGGAGCCUCAGCAGAAGAGAGUGAUGGAGAAAGCGAGUGAUGAGUCGACCCGUCAGUUUGAAAAGGAGAGGAACAGGGACGAUGAUGACGACGAAUGAUGAAGAAGCAGAUG